CUUACAAGGUUACGUUUGCAAAUCUAGGAGGAUAGUGUCUUUCAGUAUUGCUUGGACUUAGGCUUGCUUCGAAAGGAGAGGGAGGUAUCAUGACCUUAAAAAGCUAUAUUAGGUCAAUUGAUGGAUUUGUCCAUCGUUGUGGUAUAUGCUCCAAGCGUGUUAGCAUUAGAGAGGGAACCUUUUUUGCAAUGUCGCACCUCUCCUUGACGCAAAUUUUAUAUAUCUGCAACUACUGGGUAUUAAAACAGCCAGUGAGAGCAGCAGCUGCGGAGACGGAGAACAGCCUCGUCUCAACAGUUCAAUGGUACCAGUAUUGCAGAGAUAUUGAAUCCUGGAAAAUCGAGAAGAUCACUUCGUUGUUGGGUGGAGAAGACGUUAUCAUGCACGUGGAUGAAACUGUGAUGCUGAAAAAGAAAUACAACCGUGGUCGCCAGCGAGCGAAUAAUAUCUGGGUGAUAGGUUUAUACGAUACUUCCUUACGAAAGGGAUUCGUUGAAAGAAUAGGAGAUAGAAAGGCGACAACGUUAAUACCUAUUAUAACGAGACCCAUCAAACGGGGUUCAAUUAUACACACGGACGAGUGGAAAGGUUAUAAUUCGCCUUCAUCCUUGGGAUAUAGUCAUCACCGAGUGAACCAUUCAAACGAUUUUGUGGAUCCAGUUGCCGGAACUCAUACAAAUUCUAUUGAAGGAUUUUGGGGCCGGUUGAAAAAUCUGGGAAAGGUUGAAAUCACAGAAGAAGGCAUUAAAUUACUUGGAAAAUUGACGAAAUCAUUGAAUUCUGCCAACACAACAAAUGGUGGAUGCCCCAUAGCUGAAAGUCCAAUGAAAGAAAACAUUUCAACGCCACAUGAUGGUAAAAGCAAUACAUCUAAGAAAAGGAAACGUGUAGCUACUCCUUCUCCUGAGAGAGUUAAACAACCCAGUCGAACUUCAUUAAAGGGAACGAAGCACAAUUGUGAAGGAGAUGAACAUUCUUCUCAAUCUGGUAUUACCGUUGGUACUUCUUCGUCAGUGCAUAUUCCUCCCUUUCAUACUGAACAGCCGAUAACAUCUGUAAAACAACCCACCAGUGUCAGGUUUCUCGAUGCUUUUGAAUAUGGGGAGGAAUGGCUUCCUGGCUUGUUGAAACCAACGAACUUGAAGAACUUCAUCAGUUGUUUGUGGCCAAUAAACUUCACAAAUUAGGCUUUAUUAUCACUGAGGGAGAGAUGCAUAAGUCAUCCCUCACUCUGAGAGGAAAUGCAUCGAAACACAAUAGUGAUGAAUUAUCCGGUGCUGGCGUUUAACACGGCACAACGCUAUUUGGUCGCAGCGACAGCCGCAUCAACGAAGGCAGUACUCUACGGAGAAACGAGUUUAUUUUUUUCAAGUUGUUUUUGAGAAUUUCUAAAAGAAAACUGUGAUCAUAUACUUGAAACUAUCCUACUUAUGUGUUUAGAAAGAAGUAGUUAUCAGUCUUUCCUUGCCGUGGUAACUUGGUGUCUUUAUUCUCUUUUUUUCAUUCGAUUAGGUAAUCUUUGGCUUUAACCUCGCCCCUUUGGAUAUAGUGUAAUUUUGCUUGUCUCUUGUUUCCAUGGUUUGGGUUGAACUCAGUACAUUGUUACUCCCAAUUUAUAAGUUACUAACCUCCUGUCUUUAUUAUGUAACUCCUUUACCAUUGGAUGCAUGCAUUUACUUUGUUUAAACUUGAAGUCCCUCUGUAAAAACUAUAUAAGUGUAAUUUUCUGAGCACUAUUCACUACGUCUAGACCCUCCUGCCAACCGACAUCACGUAAAAUUUCGCAAGUAUGUUCGAAAUUUUCUGUACAUGAACUUAAUAAUUAACUUAGGCUGUUAGCAGCUGAUGAGAAAGCAACGAAAUGGUGCCACUUUAUUCUGCAAAAACUGUUGUUCUUGGUUUAGUCAAAUUCAUAAAGGGGAAUAAAUGUAUGAAAUUUAU